GAAAUUUGCUCACCCAACCCAAAACCCUAACAUCCAAAAGUCCAAAAAAAAAAAAAUCCAACUCACGCAGUUCAAUGAAGUCAACCUCAUCACUCAUCAUCACCACCAUCCUCUGCCUCCUCUCUCCCCUCUUCUCCCCUACCCAAUGCAGACUCAACAUCAGAGGGGGAGCAAGAAGCCCAAAUCCACCGAUCUCGGACUCGGGUUUGAGAUUCGGGAGAAGGGUUGAUGGGGAGUUCAAGAUUCUUCAGGUUGCUGACAUGCACUUCGCCGACGGGAAAGAGACUAAAUGCCUCGACGUGCUCAAGAGUCAGAUGCCGACGUGCUCCGAUUUGAAUACCACCGACUUCAUCUACCGUGUGAUUCGAGCUGAGAAGCCUGAUCUCGUUGUGUUCACCGGUGACAACAUCUUUGGCUCUGACUCAACCGAUGCAGCCAAAUCAAUGAACAUGGCAUUUGCACCUGCGGUCUCACUCAAGCUUCCAUGGGCUGCAGUUCUUGGUAACCAUGACCAAGAAGGCACACUCUCUCGUGAAGGCGUGAUGCAUCACAUUGUGAAUGAUGGAUUUGGGAACUAUAACUUGGAAGUAUUGGGUGUUAAGGGAUCGAGUCUUGCGAAUAAGUCUGUGCUGAACUUGUAUUUUUUGGAUAGUGGGGAUUACUCCACUGUUCCCUUUAUUCCCGGUUAUGGUUGGAUUAAGCCAUCUCAACAAGUCUGGUUCCAGAAAACAUCAUCCCGCCUACAGAAAGUGUACAAAAGCCAACCACAACCACAGAAACAUCCAGCUCCAGCCAUUGCAUACUUCCACAUCCCAUUGCCAGAAUACAGCAGUUUCGACGCAUCCAACUUCACAGGAGUCAAGCAAGAAGGCAUCAGCUCACCCUCCGUUAACUCGGGUUUCUUCACAACCAUGGUUGAGGCCGGAGAUGUGAAGAUUGUAUUCACCGGUCAUGAUCACUUGAAUGACUUUUGUGGGGAGCUCACUGGCAUUCACCUGUGCUACGCUGGAGGGUUUGGGUACCAUGCUUAUGGGAAAGCAGGGUGGUCGAGGAGGGCAAGAGUUGUAUUGGCAUACCUGGAGAAGAGUCUCGAUGGUGAAUGGGGAGGUGUGAAGUACAUUAAGUCUUGGAAGCGGCUCGAUGAUGAACAUCUUUCUACUGUUGACUCACAGGUUCUUUGGAACAAAGGCUCACACGGGAGGCGAAGAAAGAGAACAGCUGGGAAUUGAGCUAUGCUUGUGCAAUACAGUCUUUAGGUAAGAAAAUUCAGCUGAUGAAAGGAGUUAGGGAAUAUGACUGAGGAUAUGCGUUUGGCUCUGGAUUUGUCGGUGAAAUUAUAAGAGGAUUUGCAUUGUCUUACGAUCUGCUCUCCGACAUUUGUGUUUGCAGAAGCCAGAAAUGUAAAUGUCUGUUCUUUAGUUGGUUAACUCUUCCGGUAUUAUAUGAGAUGUCCAUAAAUUAUAUGUGAAGCAAACUAUAAGGAUACUUGUGAUAUGAUGCCACCAAUAAUACAGAGUCUAAAAGCUAGUGGGGGUAUUUUUCAAUUUUUGUUUC